CCUGAGGCCCCCCAGGUUGCUGAGGGAUUUAUUCCUGGACACCUCAAGGAUAUUCCGUGAGCGCCCCACACCUUGGGGUUGCCAGUUUUGGUUGGAUGUAUUCCUGGAAGUUUCAUCAUGUCAAUCUUUAAUUCAAGAUUAAUCUUUAAUUCGAGGAGACUCCAGGACAAUCCUGAAACGUUGGCAACCCUAGAAUUUACAGAGAGAUGAUGCAAACGCAAUUCAGCUUUAAUACCUGUGAGCAACACACAAGCUUGUUUAACCUGUAUUUUCUUCACUGUUGAAGAGCAUUGUAUUGUAUAUGUACUUUGUAUUAGAAAUGGCUAAUUGUAAAACCUACAGAUACACAGAGCUAGAGGGGAAGAUCAAAAACUGAACCAAAGCAAAACUAUGUAUAUUAUCUCACUGAAAAACCUCUUAACUCAAUUCUUAAUGUAGUAUAAUAUUAAAAUGAACACUAGCGUUUUAAGAGGAUGUCCAAACAUUAUGUCUCCAGUUACUAGUUAUCCUAACAGUGAGUGGUUAAGUGGGCUGUCAUUCUGAAUGACAUCACUGAACAACAUCCAUUCCUAAUCCAGUGAUCCACCUGGGCUCCGGGUGAAAUUGUGAUAGGCAGCAUAAUAAGGUAGUUUCAGAAAGCUUCCCUCUAUUUGCACAAGUACUUGGCUGAAACAAUGCAGUCCUUGGACUCGGAGAAAGGAUUAAUCAAGUUCAGCCAUUGUAAGAAGGACAUAUUUUGUUCCUACGUGCCCAAGCUGUGCCCUGUUUGUGGGCAGAGUCUAAACUACAGGAGACUGGAAGAUGCACCUGUCAGCAUUCCCAGCCCAUUUGUCAAUGGGCAUAGGCAGAAAUGUUCAUUUUUACUUAAACCUACUACAGGAACAUUUCUUAGAGAGUAUGAUGGAAGCUCUGAUCUCCAUGUCGGAAUAACCAAUACUAAUGGGUUGGUGUAUAAUUACAAUGAAACAGGCAUUCAUAGAGUUGAACUUGGGUGGGAGCAAUGCAUUAGUAUCCCACUAAUGCAGCCAGACAUGUACGGACUGCUUAAACAAUGGGAUAAGUACCUAGAAGAAUUCUCUACUGGAGAGGCCUGGUUUUUUCACAGGUACGAUGACCACCACCACAAUUGUUAUACCUAUGCACUGGCAUUUAUUAACUGUGUCUUGGCUGCACAAGGUAAGCAGCCAACGAGUAAAAGUGAAUUCACAGAAAGAUUUGUGAUACCACAGACAAGGAAAGCUUCCAAGUACAUCACUGUCUACCAGGAGGUAGCAGAAAAUUACUUCUACAUUGGUGACAGCCCUGAUCAAGAAAAGAACAAUUCUGAAGAGGACAAACUGUUACAUUAAAACAGGCAAAGCAAUUAAAAGAGAUCCAUAAAUAGGAAAUCUUUGGGUCCAAGCUUCAGUUCUCCCUCUAUAUACCUGACGUGCCUUCCUGCAAUAUUUGAAAACUGAUUGUAGAGACUGACUCUAGAACUCUGAUAUGUCUGAGAAAAGGAUCAUCCCUUUCAUACAUCUCUUACGAGACAUUAGCAUGACCAGAAGGAAAAGACUUGUAUGAGAGUGUUCUGGGAGCUUUAAAAUUUUGCUCUCUGCAUCUAGCUAACUUUCAUGAGCACUAUCACUAUGGGAAAUUAUACGUUCUUGUUUGCUAUAUAAUACUAAAAGUUGUAUGAGUGCAGUCAUGUUUGUAGUAGACAAUGUAAGUGUUGUAAAUUAAAAUAAAUGUAGAUUACCUUUU